AAUACGAAAUUGCUAAUUGAAAUGGGAAACAGGCGAAUAACAGCAUGAAUAAAUACCCAAAUGUUUGGGAGCGGAUGCUACUGUAUAGUAAUAUAGCACAUAAAUAAUAAAGUUAAUAAGCCGGGAAAUACAAUUAAUAAAUUUACGUUUAAAUAAAAAUGGAUCCGAUAGAGAAUGAAGAUCCAUUUUCAGCGGCGCAAAUGCCCACAGAUUCUAUGGAAGUGACUAUAGAAGAUAUCAAUCGGCUGGAUGAAGAGGAUUCUUUGGAGGAAAUAGAAGGCGUGGAAGAUGAUUUGACUAUAUUAGAAAUCGCCAUUGCGAAGGCAAUUGAAAAUGUAAAUCCCGUGUUCUUUAUGCACCUCUUAUGUCCGCGCUGCGGUGAAACAUUUAAUUCACCUGCCCUUUGGCAGCAGCACUUGGAUAAUGUACAUUUUUUUAACAAUUUGAAAAUGUUGCCAGGUACAUUGGAUGAAGAUGAAAAAAUGUAUCGAUGCAAAAAGUGUUCAGCUGAGUUCAAGUAUAUUGAAUAUCGAAAAAUUUUACUCCACUGCUUUUCUCAUAUGACUUUCAAUGCAUAUUAUAAGUGCAGUUUAUGCGAUCAUUUGGAGUGUUCAGGGCCGGAAAUGGCUCGUCACAUCAAACGACAUAUGGAAGUACAUAUGCUUAAGGCGAAAAUUAAUGGGAAAAUUGUACGCCCUAAACGGUUUUCAUUGAGUGAGGGAAUCGAUUAUGAAAAAUUCCUGCUUUAUAUGUGUCCUGAAUGUCAGUUAACGUUUCGACAACACGAUUCAUGGCUGCAGCAUGUUACCGACAAACAUGCGCUCUUUGCCGAGGACAAACUUAAGUUUAAAACUGUGGAUAUUGACGAAUCCAUCGAGAAAAAAACGCACCUUAUUACAACUUGUGAAAUAUGUGCUACCACUUUGGCUGGCGAUAACUUGGAACAGUGUCAGCGAAAGCACUAUUUAACUCAUCUACGUAGUAGAGCUUUCCGAUGCGCAAUCUGUAAUUUGCAUUUCAACUACCGCAACGAAAUUAAGAUGCAUUUACUGUUGCUGCAUUGUAAAAAUGUAGAAACAUACGAAGAGGCAUUAUUGCCAGGUAAUUUGCGCCCAAACAAUGCUAAGUUCGCCAUGAAUGCUAAAUUCUGCGAUAAAGGGGCGAAAUUCUUGCCGCACAUUGAAUUCAAUUGUCCGAUUUGUGGGGUUAAAUUUGAUAAUCCGGACGACUGGCGUUUACAUAUAAAUGAAAAUCAUGACUUCUAUAAGGCGCCGUAUAUGGCAUUGAUAAUAACCAAUUUUGGUUCAUCCUCUAGUACAAAUAGGGCCUGCAAAAAACGACGUCUACAACCAUACUGCGUUCUUUGUGAUCGGGUACUAGAUGGAUGUAGGAAUUUUCAUCUCUUGUGGGCUGAACAAUUACGUCAUGCACCUCAUCGGGCAUACACUUGCCGCAUUUGUUCAGAACAAUUUUAUUCGGAACGUAUCUUGCUGAAGCAUUUGAAGGUCUUUCAUACAAAUACGGAUGGGAGUGUUAAUACUGUGGCAAAACAACGUCGGAACAACGCGAAAGAUUAAUUGUGUAAUUUUAUUUAAUAGUUUAAUUAGAAUUAGUUCUUUAACUAGAUUAUUUAUUAUGUAUAUUUAUAUUAUUUUUUUUACAAAGUAAUUAAAAAAAACUGAUAUGCCGAAGUUGGAAAUCAUUAUUACUGAAAAAGAUAAACAUCUUCUGCAUGGUUCACAAUAGUAGAUAAAAACUGUUUAGAUCAAGGCACAUUACUUAAAGGUGGUGGCACUAGACCAACAACAAUAUUUUGUGCAUUUGAUUGUCAAAGAAAAGUAUAAACAAUGUAGAAAACAAAUAAUGAAUUCGCCUGGUUUCACUCUGGUCUGACAGCCACAUGGACACGACGAAAGAAAAAAAAAACAGGUUAUUUACCGAUACCACCUUUAAUAGAUUGUCCGCUGUAAAAGGCCUUUCAACAACUGGGUCGACAGCCAA